AUUACGUCAGUUGACGUCAGUUGACGUCAGUACGCAGCCCCGUUACGUCGUCGUCUUUCUCUCAGCUUUCUGAGGAAAACAAAGCCAGUUAACAUUGGAAGUCUCUGAGCUAGUCCUUGAAAUCAGCGACGUUACAUGCAUUGUAACUGUUCAUCGGAACAACACAACUCACUCUAACUGUACGCAGUAAGUUUGAAGGUCCAACAGCUCUCCUAAUGAUACAUCAGCAUUAAAGGUGCUUCCAAACUACCUAAGGAUGGCUAGUUGCGGGGAGGUCGACCAUUCUGUUAAUUCGCUUCCAUCCAGUAAGAAAGGCGGCAACAGUGGUGGAGGAAGUGGAAACAGUGCAGAAUCAUCAUGCUCUGGCUCCAGCAACUCAUCCCCAGCCUUGUCUGUACCGGAGUGUGCCAUCUGUCUGCAGAGCUGUGUCCACCCAGUCCAGCUGCCAUGCCAUCACGUCUUCUGUUUCCUAUGUGUGAAGGGAGCAUCCUGGCAAAGCAAACGCUGUGCUCUCUGCAGACAGGAGGUACCGGAUGACUUCCUGGAAAGGCCUACACUUCUUUCUCCAGAGGAGCUGAAGGCCUCGGCGGGAGGUCGAGGUGGGGCAGGGAGUGAUCACGCCUGGUAUUAUGAAGGCCGAAACGGUUGGUGGCAGUAUGAUGAGCGAACCAGUCGCGAGCUGGAGGACGCUUUCUCCAAGGGCAAGAAAACAGCUGAAAUGCUCAUCGCUGGUUUUUUGUAUGUAGCUGACUUGGAGAACAUGGUGCAGUAUAGGCGCAAUGAGCACGGGCGCAGGCGCAAGAUGAAGAGGGACGUUUUGGAUAUCCCCAAGAAGGGAGUGGCGGGACUGCGUUUGGACACUGAUGGGGUUACUGUAGCCAUCGGGGCUACAGGUCGAGAGAACUCUGCUGACGGGGCUGAUACCACAGUAGCAGGUGUACAACAGCAAGUUACAGGUAACCCUCCAACAGUUACAGCCCCCCCAGCCACAGCCAGACCUCCCACCUCCCUUGGUGGUCAGCCUGGCAGCAGCAGCAGCCCGACUCUGGAGGAUGCUCUCUCCACGCUGCAAAUCAGCCCCAGACCCUCUCCUCCUCAUGAGCGGUCUGAGGCGGUGGAAGGAGAGGAAGAAGACGAGGAGGAGCAGGCGUCACCCUCCAGGUCUUCUGACCCUCAAACCUCCGUGGAUGAGUCUGGCUCCGGAGACUGGAGCGACGAUGAGGAUGAGGAAGACGAAGAAGAAGAGGGGGGAGAUGGGGAGCGUGUGGAACCCUGGGAGAACCAAACCAGGAGGCAAAGACUGAAUCCAGAGGACAGAGCCCCUCCUGGCGCAGAGUCCACCUCUCCCCCCUCUUCAUCCAGUAGCAGUGGGAGGUCCAGAAUGCCUGAUGGCCAGUGUACAGUGACUGAAGUGUGAAGUCAGCAUUGACCCCAUCGUCAGUAAAUGGCUUGGUUCCAUUUCAUUAAUUUAUUCCUCAGUCUAUGCUGCCGUUCACUCUGUCACAGAUCGGAUGUAGGUGGAUGGCUCGCUCCAAGAAUAUUUUAGACAUCAAAUUUGGUUCCUGUUUCUGGUCCACAAUGAUCUGCUUGUGUCUGUACGACUUGUUUGUCAGUCUCAUCCAGUAAAUACACCCAGCUAGUUGGACUCAUGUUGGGUUUUCAUGUCCCAGCACUGAGACAGACAGGAGGUAGAGCUUGGUAAACAGACAGAUGGAUACAGCAUGUUGUUGCGGGCCACAAAAUCUCAUAAUUAUUUAUUCAGCGUAUCAUGUGAGGCCGCUGCUACAGACUUCUGAUGGUGUUCAGCUGCUAGCGCUCUGCCUAGCUUUAAGCCAUUUGGUUGUAGACAUAUUGGGUCUGUUCUUUUCAUGUGAGAGAAAACAGGACGUACAAUCUCUUCUCUAUCAAGCCUCUUAGUUCCUGUGUUUGAAUUUACUUUCCUCAUAUCCAGAAUGUUUCUUGGAGCCUUGUCCGGAUCUGUGACGUCUGAAAGAGAAAGCAUAAAUGAGGAUGUUGCUUCUGGAAAUGGAACGGUGUCUUUAUCAUGAACAGCUGCAUUCUAAUCAUCCACACUUUAACUCUCUCAGCUAACAUAGCACGCAGAAAUGAGCUUGUUAGAGCUCAAGUCAUCUGACUACUCUUGCAAAGAAUUUAAUCUUUUGAUAACAUGUUCCAACUCCAGCCCCCCUUUAAUGAUUUCCUUAUUCAGAUUAACAGAUUAAGAAGCCUUUCCUUUAAAGUUCUGAGAUUAAAAUGUUAACUUUUGGAAGUGUGUCAUUUUAAAGUAGACCGUGGGUUAAAGUCAGUGUCUUAAGGUUUUUUAGUAAGAUGAAGAAAGGAAACAAAGAAGUACGUACUGAGUCUCACUGAUGAGACGUGGGUAAUCUUCAAAUUUCAAGUUGUUGUGCUUAAACAUUGUAAAGUAACUCUUAAGCCCGCUGUAUUAUCUGGCUACCUGCCUUUCUUUUAAAUUCUAUGGACCUGAACUUUCUGAAAUUCUAAAGUGAAUCCUGUUUAAAUGAGUGUUCAUUCUAACAGUACAUGCAUAAAGCAUUUCUUUUAUCUUGCCCAGCUUGAAAUAAUUGGCAUUUUAAUGUGAAGUAUCAGUUUUUUCCUUUUGAAGCUGUCGAGGCCUCUGCAGCCUCUUGAGUAUUCUUAUUGUCCCAGAUUAAAGUGUUCUCAAUUGGUGUGUUUCUAAAGUUUUGUGACUUGUGCAUGUUUGAAGAGAGAGUUAUUUAAAACACUACUGGUCAACAGGAUGUUGAGAAUUGAUAUUUUUUGGGUUGAGUUUGAGUAAAUGUUUUUAAUUUGUCUUUGUUUCUGCGUUUGUUCUGGUUGAAAAUCCUCUUCUGUGCGAUGUCCGAGGCAGAAUGAGACCAUGCCGUCGUUGUUGGCCGUGCUGCAGAGAUUUCAAGUUAUGUUAUUUUUAUAUUUCUUACAUGCUUACAUCAUCAGCUCAGUCUUAGACUUUCCAUUCUGAAGAAUAAAGUUUGUGUAACAGUUCUUGCUUGGCAACCUUUUUGUUACAUUGUUUGUAAUUUAAAAUAAAUUGUGUCAUUUCAUCAUCCUAAAAGGAGAAUA